AAUUACACUUCUUUGCACUUGAAGAAAUUUUCAAUCAGUACUCCUCCUACUGUCUGCUCAAUAGAAGGAACAAGUAGAACAAUACCAAAGCUUCUUCUUUCUCUUUACUUCCUCUUCUUGCUGUUCUUCCCCUCAGACAUUUUUUUUCCUUUAAAGCUUCAGUACUGAAGGAAGAUGGGAGAAGAGAGCAAAAAAAUUCAGAAGAGCUAUUUUGAUGUGUUGGGGCUCUGUUGUUCUUCUGAAAUUCCUCUUAUUGAGAAGAUUCUGAAACCCUUAGAUGGGAUCCAAAAGGUCUCUGUGAUUGUUCCUUCAAAGACUGUCAUAGUUCUUCAUGACACCCAAAAAAUCUCCCAGUUACAGAUAGUCAAAGCGUUAAACCAAGCUAGGCUCGAGGCCAGCAUAAGAUCAUAUGGAACAGAGAAGAUGAUCAAUAAAUGGCCAAGUCCUUACAUAUUGGCCUGUGGAGUUCUGCUUCUCAUAUCAUUGUUUCAAAGCUUUUAUCGACCGCUUAAAUGGAUUGCCAUAACAGCAGUGCUGAUAGCCCUUCCACAAAUCAUUCUAAGAAGCUUUGCAGCAAUCCGAAGAUACACUCUUGAUAUCAACAUUCUUAUGUUGAUUGCAGUGGGCGGCGCAGUUGCCCUUGGAGACUACACAGAAGCCGGCUUUAUAGUCUUUCUUUUCACCAUAGCUGAAUGGCUUGAAUCCAUGGCAAGCCGCAAGGCAACAACAGGAAUGUCAUUGCUGAUGAAUCUGGCACCUCAAAAGGCCAUUCUAGCUGAAACAGACCAAAUCGUUGAUGCAAAUGAUGUGAAAGUGGGCACCAUCCUAGCAAUUAAAGCUGGUGAAGUGAUUCCCAUUGAUGGGAUUGUGGUAGAAGGAAAAAGUGAGGUUGAUGAAAAGAGCCUCACUGGUGAAUCCUUCCCUGUAGCCAAGCAGCUACAAUCCUUAGUUUGGGCUGGAACUCUUAAUAUUGAUGGCUACAUUAGUGUGAAGACUACAGCUUUGGCUGAGCAUUCUGCUGUAGCUAAGAUGGCAAGGCUUGUAGAAGAAGCACAAAACAACAAGUCUAAGACACAGAGGAUAAUAGAUUGCUGUGCAAAAUACUAUACUCCAGCUGUGGUGGUCAUUGCAGCAGUAGUUGCUCUGCUACCAAUUAUAUUGAGUCUUCAUGAUCAGAAGCAUUGGUUCAAGUUAGCACUUGUGCUUCUUGUCAGUGCAUGCCCAUGCGCUCUUGUGCUUUCUACACCAGUUGCCACUUUCUGUGCCCUCUUGAAAGCAGCAAGAUUCGGUCUUCUUGUCAAAGGAGGAGAUGUUCUUGAAGAACUAGCAAAAUCAAAAGUUGUGGCCUUUGACAAGACCGGAACCAUAACAAGAGGAGAAUUUUCAGUCAUACAGCUUCGUCAAUUAAGCUCUGAAGUCACCAUGGACACACUUCUUUCUUGGAUUUUAAGUUUGGAGAGCAAAUCGAACCAUCCAAUGGCAUCUGCACUAGUUGAUUAUGCUAGGUUCAACACCAUGGAACCAAAGGCAAAGAAUGUAAAUGACUUCCAGAUUUACCCAGGUGAGGGGGUUUCUGGUGAAAUAAAUGGGAAGAAAAUCUACAUUGGAAACAAAAGAAUUGCAAGGCGAGCUGGAUGUACACAAGCGCCCGAUGUAGAAGACAUGAAGGAAGCAGUUACACUAGGUUAUGUGCUCUUAGAUGCCAUGCCAAUUGGAAUUUUUGCACUCUCUGAUACCUGUCGUACUGGGGCAAAGGAGGGUAUUAAAGAAUUGAAGUCACUGGGCAUUAAAACUGCAAUGCUAACUGGAGAUUCCACUACAGCAGCCAUGCAGGCUCAGAAACAGUUGGGCCAUAUUAUUGAAGAAAUACAUGCAGAAUUAUUACCAGAAGACAAAGUACAAAUUAUCAGUGAUCUCAAGACAAAUAAAGGGUCAACAACAAUGGUAGGGGAUGGUAUGAAUGAUGCACCUGCGUUGGCCAUGGCCAAUGUAGGGAUCUCCAUGGGUGUAUCAGGUUCUGCCGUAGCAAUGGAGACCAGUCAUAUAACUCUAAUGUCAAAUGACAUCCAAAAAAUUCCGAAAGCCAUUCGACUUGCAAGGAGGACACAGCACAAGAUCAUAACAAAUAUCAUCUUCUCAAUCAUCACAAAGGUUUCCAUUCUGGGAUUAGCAAUUGGAGGCCAUCCACUACUUUGGGCAGCCGUAUUAGCUGAUGUUGGGACAUGUCUAAUUGUCAUUUUAAACAGCAUGACAUUAUUGCCGACGAACAAGAAGAAAGUUAAAAAAUGUUGUCAAAGAUCAAACCACCAAAGGCCAACAUGCAGAGACAAGUGCUCCAAAGGUCCAUGUGGAUCAAACUCUGCAAAUUGUCACAGUUACGAUGGUUUACAUAAGACAGAAGAAGGCAAGAAACCGUGCUGUGAAAGUCCAAGUGAGAGUAAAGAGUGUCAAGCAGAAUCACCAUUACAAUGCUGCCAAGGAAAAGUGACUUGCAAAGCAAAAACUAGAUAUGAGCACUCGAUUUACAUGAAUUGUGAAAAGGAUUCCCAUAGAGAUGAUGAAUCAUGCUUAAAUCAUUCAGUUAGAGAGAUUAAACAUACGGUUCCUUGUCCGGGAUUUCAUUUGCACAAAAGUAAAGCAGAUCAUGAAGAGCAUAAUGAACAUAGCCCAUGUGAAGAGCAUUUAAGCAAACAGCCUGAUCAUGGAUCCCACUCUCAUCAUGAAUCAGGAAAGCAUGAAGCAGAAUCAAGACAUGGGCAUUCUGACCAUGACAUUACCUGUAACUUAAAGAUAAAUGCAACUAAAAACUGUUGUAAUGCAUUUGUUGAUCAAACCGUGGGAGCUGGGGCCAACUUGAAAGCUUCAACAAUAUGCAACGGCUCUGAAACGAAAACUUCUGACAGUUGCUGUGAAAGUGAGAGGAAAGACUGCCAUGGGAAGCAUCAAUGCUCGAAUUUGCUGGCUUCCAAGUUCAAGGAGAAUGGAGGGUGUUGUAGAAGUUACAGGAAGGAGUGUUCUAGGAGAGAGACCUGCUGUGGAAAUGGAAUGAUGCAAGUGCCAGAAAUCAUUAUUGAGUAACUUAUUAUGAUGUUAUUCCGAACUUCGUUAGCACAAAAAUGGCGAAUUGAAUGCAAUUUUUAUUUUCUUCAUAAAUAUGUAUUUGGGUUCAUUUAAGAAAUUCAAACAUUCUAACCAAGAAAUUUGGAGAGAAAGUAGGCGGCUGUGUAUUUAUUUAAAAUGCAUGAAUUUUAAAAAUACAAUGCAAGAAAUCAAUGACGUUUUGUUGGA